AAGAUGAUGAUGAUGAUUUAGAAGACGAUAAUGAUGAUAUAGAUGAUGAUGAUGAUUUAGAUGAUGAUGGUAAUGGAUUAGAUGAUGAUUUAGAAGAUGAUAUAGAUGAUGAUGAUGAUUUAGGUGGUGAUGAUGAUGAUGAUGAUGUUGAUUUAGGUGAUGAUGAUGAUUUAGAUGAUGUUGGUUUAGAUGGUGAUGAUGAUGAUUUAGAUGUUGAUGAUGAUGGUUUAGAUGUUGAUGAUGAUAAUGAGUUAGAUGUUUGA